AAAAUGAUAAAUUUAAGGGAGACAAAUAUUCUGGCAAAAAUUAGAAGAAAAAUAUUGAAAAAGACAUAAAAUAGCGUCGCACCUACUCUUCUUCUAUACCUUUAGUAUCUCUCCUGUCUUCAUACACCUUUACAUUCCUUCUCCUCUCCUCUUCAUCAUUUCUUCUUCUUUACACCUCUCCAAUGGUUGAUUAAACUGCUAAACACUAACUCUCUCUCUCUCUCUCUCUCUCUCUCAAAGUCUAGCGAUAACUACUCUCGUGAAUGGCGGCGCGAAAACUCGGGUCGUUGAUACGUCAACAUUUUCUCUCUCUUAUCUUCCUCUUCCUCGGCUGUUUCUUCUUCUCACGAGGAGGAGACUGUAGACAUAAGAGGAGGAAGAAGAAGCUUAGAACAGUAUCUUCUUCAUCACCUUCUGCUUCCGGUUUAUCCUCUUCUUGGUCCUACUUAAAACGGGUUUUCUUAUCCACGACGAGGAUAUCCAAAUCCCGUAACCAAACGCACCCUAACGGUCCUACUCUCACAUCCGCUAGAUCUUCUCAGAACUCUCUCGUCACUCUCGUCCAACCAGAUACGACGAAUCAACCCGACCCGGAAACCCGUAUCGAAACCGGGUUCUCGGAUUCGGAUUCUCUGUUUCUCCCUCUGCGCAGCGAGAUUUACUCCUGCACGUCGUGCGGCGAGGUUUUCCCCAAAAUCAACCUCCUCGAGCACCACAUCGCGGUUAAGCACGCCGUAUCGGAGCUAAUCGACGGCGAAUCGAGCACGAACAUCGUGAAGAUCAUAUUCAAAUCGGGUUGGCCCGAACAGGGGAACAAAAUCCCGGAGAUCCAUCGGAUCCUGAAAGUCCACAACAGCCAAAAGAUUCUCACGAGAUUCGAGGAGUAUCGAGAGUUCGUCAAGGCGAAAGCCGCUCGUAGCGGCGGAGGAAGACGGUGGGACGACGAACGGUGCGUCGCCGACGGGAACGAGCUCCUGAGAUUCUACUGCUCGACGUUCAUGUGUGACCUAGGGCAAAACGGUAAUUCCAGUCUCUGCGGACAUCAGUACUGCAGCAUCUGCGGGAUAAUCGGAUCCGGGUUCUCGCCGAAGCUCGACGGGAUCGCGACGCUUGCGACGGGGUGGAGAGGACACGUGGCGGUUCCUGAGGAGGUGGAGGAAGAGUUUGGGUUUAUGAACGUGAAACGGGCGAUGCUGGUUUGUCGGGUCGUAGCGGGUCGGGUCGGGUGUGAUUUGAUUCCGGAUGAUGAUGACGUGGAUAAGAGCGAUGGAGGGUUUGAUUCUCUGGUUGGGCAAGGGACGAGGAGCAAGAGUGGGGCCCUUUUGAGGAUCGACGAUGAGGAGCUUCUCGUGUUUAAUCCAAGGGCUGUGCUUCCUUGUUUUGUGAUAGUGUAUACUGUGUAAGCGGAAUUCGAUUGUUAUAAUCGCGUGUGUGUGUGUUUGUUAUAUAUUUGUCACAAACUCGCAAGGUUUUUGUGGUUUUUUUUGGAGGUGGUUUAGAAGUAA